AUGCCACCAAAGAAAGGUGAUAAAGCAGCAGCUAAGAAGGGUGACAAAGGGAAGGCAGAGGAACCGAAAGAGGAUACCAAAGGAGGAAAAAAUGAGAAGAAAGGGGGAAAGGGGGCCAAAGAGCAGCCUGCAAAAGGCAAAGGAAAGGAGGACCCUAAGAAAGGAAAGGGCAAAGGCAAGCAAGCUGUUACCAGUGAAUCUGAAGAGGGCUCGGAUGCAGAGCACUUACAGAGUGAAGUUGAAGACAGUGAGACAGUAGAUGAAGAAGAGCUGCCAAGUGAGGAUGAAGGAGGGAAAGGGAAAGGGAAAGGAAAAGCUGCACUCAAAGGAGCUUCUAAGGCUAUGGCAGUGAAGGCUGCAGCUAAGCCAAAGCGUGGCCAAGCGGUGGAAGAAGGGGUUGAUCCAAAAACUGGUAAGCGUGCCAACAUUAAGGCUGCAUCCAAAGUUGUGGCGGGAUUUAAACCUGAAGAGAAAAAGCCUCAAAUACAACUGGGUAAAAUGAAAGAUAUUAACAUUAAAGGGGCAUCACAGGUUCUCACUGGUCUGGCUGGAAAGUCUUCACCUUUUUCGGUGCCAGCCCCAAAACAACCUAAAAGAGGGCUAAAAAGUACAUCUAGACUUUUCAUGCGACUAUCAAAGAAGAAAAAAGAUACUACACCCAAGGCAUUACAAAGCCCAUCUAAGUUGUUUGCAGGGUUUGGUAAGCCUAAAGCAGAAGAUUUAAAGAAUACAUCUAAAUUCAUGUCAGGUUUUCUAGGUGGUGGAAAAAAUAAAAAUGAGAAGAAAGAAGAAGGUGGAAAAUCUGUUUUAUUGCUCAAUAUUGGUGGGAAAACAGGAAAAACUGCUGCUGCAACCUCUGGGUUAGGGGGCAAAUUCAAAGGAUUUUUUGGUAAAAAGAAUACUGGAGUGGCAAAAUUCAAGAAUAAAGGAUGGGUUCUAGGUAAAAUUUCAGGUGCAACUAAUUGGCUGACUCGUAAAUUUUUAACAUCCAAAACAUCUCGGGGAAGGCUUGGUCGUUCUGUUCGUUACCACAGGUCAGACAUGGAAAGAUACAAUGGCUAUCAAAAUGGAGGAUAUGAAUAUGAUGAGGAGGAGUUUAGCUAUGAGGAAGAUGAUUAUGAACAAAGAAGCUAUGGAAGGAAUAACCCAAGAGGGCGAUAUUUGGGCAGGGAUUAUGACGGAUAUGGUCAUGGACAUUUCAGUGGUCCGCACCAAUAUGACUCCUAUGAGGAAGAUUAUUAUGAUUACCCUGAAGAUGAAUAUGCCUUCUAUGGUGAGGAGAAUAAUUACUAUGAUCCCCUUUACAAAGAUGAAUAUGACUAUUAUGAUGAGGACUACUAUGAUGAAUAUGAUGAAAGACAACCAUAUGACUAUUAUGACGAUGGAAUGGACUAUUAUGAUUACAGGCAGCAGGGAAUGGAUGAGUAUGGUUACUUUGAUUAUGGUGGAGAAUAUUAUGAUGAAUUUGGUUUUCCAAUUGAAGAUGAACAUUGGUACUAUGGAAAUACAGAACACUACAGCUAUGGUUUUUACCCAGAGGAGAUUGAUUAUUAUGGCAAUCAACAAGGUUUUUAUGGUCAUCCAGAAGGGUUGCCAGAUGCCUAUAUGAUGUACUCUAGUUACCCAAAUCCAUACAGUCAAAAUGUAUACAGCUACAGUGGAGAUGCCACAUCAGUUUACCUUGAUCCACUUUUGGGUGGUACCCAGCCGAAUAUGUAUGUAAUGGAGGACAUAAUGGAACAAACUGAGCCAUCAGAACUUUAUGGGAAUGAAUAUGCACAUCUAGCAAUGGAAAGCACACUAAUUGAAGAUCCAUUCCGGGUCCCAAGACCACAGAUUAAAUUGUUUGGGAAAGACAAACUUGAAAUUACAAAUCCACCAUCUCCUCAUAUUGCCCUAAAUGAUUUUGAAGUGAUGACAGACAUGCAACAUGAAAUUCAGCCAACUUUUCCUCAAACUGUGGGAUUUACUCCACAUACUGGAAUGGUGCAAGGACCACUGUCCCCUGCAGCAACUCCUAUGUUUAUCCACCAAGCACCAGCACCAUUUCCUUCGGUACAAACUGGUAGUCCUAUUUUCAUCCAGUCACCUCAGUUGCCUUCCUCUCCAAUACUUCAAGCAAAGCCUCCUUUCCCCCUUAAUGUGCCAGCAUCACCCACUCCAAGAGAUUCGACCCAAACCUUGGAGAUCAAGUGCCCCCUCACUUUGUCUCUUCAGAUCCCAUGUUUCAGAGACUUGAAUUUCCAGCUGAGAUUAUGCAACCAACACCAAUGA